AUGUUGUGGCCCAAUGGUGGAGUGGUCUUCAGAUUUGCUGUGUGUUCCUGCUUUGACCUUUUGUGUACACCCACAUCCCAGGUUGAGGACAACAAGGAGGGGCGAAGCUUCGGUGCUGGUCAUGCAUGCUGGUGUUUGGCUCUAAUUGUUGGUGUUGGUCAUACACACUUGUGCUGGGUUCAAGACAGCAGGGCUCAGGCCAUGCUUUGGGUUACUAAUACCAUGACAAGGCAGAGAGGGAGUGCCCGAAGUAGAGGCGUCCAGAACAUCUGCACAGAUGAAAAGGGUCUUCAAAACGAGCCCAAGAACGUUAAAUUCCGUUAG